AUGAAAAGCUCAACAUUCAAAAUAGUAACUAUCGCUGGUGCGACUGGUCUAUUAGGUUUCCAUAUAGCAGAUGCUUUUUUGAAUGAUGGUUCUUAUAAGAUUAAGAUUCUUCGACAGAAACCAGAGUCCGAAAAUAAGAAUGCCAGUUUGUUGGCUUCCAAAGGUGCUGAAACUAUUUACGUAGACUACAAUGACAAGGAUGAUCUUGUUAAAGCCCUUAAAGGAACAGAUGUCGUUAUCUGUGCUAUAGGUGGCCACGAAUUUAUUCCUCCUCAACGUGCUCUUUUUGUUGCUGCGAAAGAAGUUGUUGAAUUUCUUCAAGAAUUGAAAAAAAGUGGGAUGGAAUACACUAUUAUUAUUGAUGGUUUAUUUCAAGAAUAUUUGUGGGUAUUAGGAUUUGAUCAUAAAAACAAGAAAGCCAAUUUAUUCGCUGAUGGUAACACAAAAGUAGUCACCACUGCUUUGUCUGAUGUUGGCAAAUAUACUGUCGAGUCACUUAAACUACCUGCUGCUCGUAAUGGCAUUAUCAGAGUGGCUGGUUGUGUUUUAACCCUGAAUGAAUUGGUUCAAAAGUUUGAGGAGGUUACUGUUUCCUAUGAUUUAACCGUGAGAGAAAGGUAUAAAAAUAAUACCGACCCAGUUCCUGCAUUGUUGGAUGAUUGGGCAGCCUAUUUAGUCACCACACUUGAUUUUAAAGAUUUUCAUAAUGAUAAAUUUACCUUCACCCCUCGUCCGAUUACCGAUGCUAUCAAAAAAAUCCUAGAUACCAGUGAUAAAAAGACGGGAUAUGUAUAA